CAAAACUGCUCAGUGAAAUUAAUGGAAGCAUACAAAUAUUUUGAUCAUUUUUUGUAAAGGUAUUAAAUAAAUGUUUAGGUAUUUAGACUCAUAGAUUGAAUGAGAAGAUUCAUCUUCACAGAGUAAGAAAUUGUUGUUUUCAUGCCCUCUGAGCUAAAUUGAACAUUGACCGGUAGUCAUUGAACUUUGAUUUAAGCAGAAGUACACAGUGACGCCUGUACACAGGAUGUCAUAAAAAAACGUCAGCCAGAAAAUUUAUAAAUACAGAGCAAAGAGAUUCUUUUCGUCCCUGUGCACUUGGGCCCUUCAUGGAUUACAACCUCGCCCUUUAGAUCUGGCACUGAAACAAAUGUGAAGACCCUUAAUUUGGAGCUAAACUAAACUAUGUAAGUAAUCGCAGCCACCUGUGGCUGGAAGAAAGAAAUAAAUGAAUAGUACACGAGGUUAAUGUUUAUAACCUUAGUAUGUGUUUAUGCUGAUGAGUGCCUCUCUGCUCAGUUACAGGAAACAUGGUAGGACUUAAACCCUCAGAUGUUCCUCCUUCCCUGGGCGUGAAGAUGGCCAGUGCUGGAGCAGCAGCCUGUGUGGCUGACAUCGUCACGUUUCCUCUGGACACAGCCAAAGUCAGACUACAGAUACAGGGUGAGAAGAAAGCAGUGGAGGGCAUCCGCUACAGAGGGGUGUUCGGGACCAUCAGCACCAUGGUCCGAACAGAGGGGCCCAAGUCUUUGUACAAUGGGCUGGUAGCUGGACUGCAGAGGCAGGUGUGCUUCGCCUCCAUCAGAAUUGGCCUUUACGACAACGUCAAAAACCUCUACACUGGAGGGAAAGACAACCCAGGUGUGCUGGUACGAAUCCUGGCUGGCUGCACAACAGGUGCCAUGGCAGUGUCCUUUGCUCAGCCCACAGAUGUGGUCAAGGUUCGGUUCCAGGCCCAGAUGAACCUGAACGGGGUGGCUCGACGUUACAGCGGCACAAUGCAAGCAUACAGGCACAUCUUCCUAAACGAGGGCCUGAGAGGACUCUGGAAAGGAACGCUACCCAACAUCACAAGGAACGCACUGGUCAACUGCACAGAGCUGGUUACCUAUGACCUGAUCAAAGAGGCCAUUCUUAGACACAAGCUGAUGUCAGACAACCUGCCGUGUCACUUUGUGUCUGCGUUCGGCGCGGGCUUCGCGACCACAGUGAUCGCUUCACCAGUAGAUGUGGUGAAAACAAGAUACAUGAACUCCCCACCGGGCCAGUACAGGAGUGCUAUUAACUGUGCCUGGACCAUGAUGACCAAAGAGGGACCUACUGCCUUCUACAAAGGAUUUGUGCCCUCAUUUCUGAGGUUGGGAUCGUGGAACGUUGUGAUGUUCGUCUCGUUUGAGCAAAUCAAGAGAGCCAUGAUGGCCACGAAGAAGAGGAUUGAGGCGACAAACUGAGCUCCCAGAGCAAAAGUCUGACUGUUAAGACCACUAUGUUUUACAUCUGAGGGGAAAACUUAUGUAAAUUCUAAUUUUAGAUUUUUUUUAUUGUAUUUAACUGUAUAUGUGUACGAGACACCAUUUUAUUUUUAUAUUUAGAAUUCAUGAAGCCAGUAAGAUCACUGUGAAAGCAAAAGUAUUGUCAAAGUUGACUUUGCACUUUAAGACCUGUACAGCCAUUCAUACCAGUGAUGCAGCCUAACCAGUGCACAUGUGCGCUAAAAGAAACAUUUGCAAACUUGGGCGUGAAACAUGUUUCUGUAAAUCCUAAAUAUAUUUGAUUUGUUUUACAAAUGCUCUGCUUGUUUCUUCACUUUUCCUUUGGACACACAAACACAAAACACCUUUCAAGUCAAACGUUGAUUUAUAGACUUUGACGUGUCUUCCUUUAAAUUACAUCUCAUAAAAAUAUUUAAAAUUCUGUAUCACAGCACAUAUAAAUUCAAGAAAGCUGGGGUAAGGAACUAUGUUUGGAUUUCACAUCACAAAUAUACAAUAUAUUCAUGUGUGAAGACUAAUUAAAUUGUGUACAACUUCCAAGUUGAGAAUACAACAGAGGAGAUUUAGAGUUAGGUUUAAGUCAUGAGAUCUUUACAUAAAUAAUAUGUUCCUGUGCAGGAAAACUGUGAGAACAAAGUACAUGGAAAUUAGCACAAGACAGUUAAAGCAGAGUUUUCUUCUGCACAAGUUACUCCAAAGUGCUUAGAGCUUCGUGAAUCUGUAGCACCACUAUCGUCUUCUCGCACUUCUCCAUCGUAAACAAAAACCACUGGAAUGGUCAUUUUUGAGGUAUGGGGAGUUGGACUUUGUGCUGCAUGUGGAAAAUUAUCACCAUCGCUAAUGAAACACAAACAAUUUAACUUUUUUUAGUUUGUAUGCUUGUUUGAAAUGUACUGUCACAUUCAGCCAAACCAUCCGAUUCCUGGCAGACAAAUUAGGUGAUCGGGGGGUUUAAAAAAAUGG